GUGUGAAUCUGCUGCCUUGAUAUUCAAGACAAUUUUUGCCCCACACUCAAAUAUCCAAAAAUUCCCUACCUCCAAAAAAUGGGGGGGAAAACUGCCCUGGCUUUUCAAACUUGAGCCCCACCAAAAAUCGCCGCCAAACCAGCGCAACGUCAACCCAUCGCGACGACAACCCACGGCCAUUUCUGUCAUCCACCGCACCCAUCACCAGACGAGCUGAACCUGCGGAAUCAAAUCAACCACAUACUGUCAAGAUGGCUGCCGUUCAACAGAAGCAUGACUGGGCCGACGAUGACGAGCUCGAGGAGACCUCCACCGAACUCCCGCCCCCUCAGAAGAUCACCAACAAGGAUGGCAGCACGACCAUCAUCGAGUACCGCCUGAACGACAACGGCCAGAAGGUCAAGACCACACGACGCAUCCGCUACAUCACCCACCGUGAGGUCGUCAACCCCCGCGUCGCUGAGCGCAAGUCGUGGACCAAGUUCGGCCUCAGCGUCAAGGACGGCGCCGGCCCGGCCCCCGACACCACCUCGGUCGGCGAGAACAUCAUCUUCAAGCCUUCCUUCAACUGGCGCCAGGACGCCAAGGACGAGAGCAAGGACCCCAACGCCCAGGCCAUGAAGGACAAGUUGAAGGACAAGAAGGUCAAGUGCCGUAUUUGCAACGGCGAGCAUUUCACCGCCCGCUGUCCCUACAAGGACACCAUGGCCCCCAUCGGCGAGGCCGGCGCUGCCGCCGACGUCGCCGCCAGUGCUGCUGACGAGGCUGCUGCCGCUUCCCAGGGUGCGGCGGGCGCGGGCAAGAAGGGCUCGUACGUGCCACCUGCGCUGCGUGGUGCCGGUGGGGCCGCGGCUGCUGGAGAGAGGAUGGGCGGCAAGUACGGCGAGCGCGACGAUCUCGCCACUCUCAGAGUUACCAACGUCUCCGAGAUGGCCGAGGAACAAGAGCUUCGCGAUAUGUUCGAACGGUUCGGUCGCGUCACUCGUGUCUUCCUUGCCAAGGAUCGCGAUACGGGUCUUGCCAAGGGCUUCGCCUUCAUCAGUUUCGCGGAUCGCAGCGACGCUGUCAAGGCUUGCGCCAAGAUGGACGGUUUCGGUUUCAGGCAUUUGAUCCUUAGGGUUGAGUUCGCGAAGAAGGCUGCGUAAACGUUAAUGGGUCUUCUAGACGGACGAAGAGGCGGAGGAGAGGGAGGAAGGGGUUAGAGGAACGAGGGAGGAAGCAGCGAUGUUAUGGAUCCUAAUGCGGUCUGCACAAGGAAGUGCAUCAUAAAAAUGGGAAAGGACUCCUUGAUACUACUAUCACUUGAUCUGGUUCCUGUCUCUUCUUGCUGUGGGAGUCCAUAC